CGUCAGUUUUAAAAUAAUUUCAAUAUUCAUUAAUCCUUCAUUUUUCAGUAGCGCAAAGUAAAAUUAUAUUAUGUAUUAACGUGUGGCCAUUGGAAGUAAACUAAAUAAAACAUCGUUUGAAAAGUACUUUUCUUCAAUAAGCCAUGGAAGACGACAUUAAUAAGCCUUAUAAAAUAUGUGACAUGAAUCGCGAAAAGAAAAAAGGCAUUGUGGCGUCAUCAUUAGAAGAUUUGGUAGCAAAAGUACCCGACAAAUUAGGUUUACCGGCUGAAAACCUUACUGUCGUUCUUGAGUGUGAUGGUACUGAAGUUGAUGAUGAGGAAUACUUUUCGACAUUAGAUCCAGAUACUUCGUUAAUGAUCUUACAUGGAAAUGAAAAAUGGGCACCAAAUAUGCCCAAAUGCCAAGUAUCUCUUGAUCAGACCGAUGAUGUCACUCUAGGGGACAAAGCACAGGUCGCUAAUUUAGUCGGCCGCUUACAGCACAACUUGUGUCACAUUUCACUGCUUGGAGGCCAAGACCUUGAGCUUUUGUCAGAUAUGGACCCCGACAGUCUAGCUGACAUUGUGACUGACAGGGACAACAGGAUAAUACUAGAACAUAUAAAGGAGGCUUCUGGAAGAAUAUUAUUAGAAAAACGCCAAGCACAGGAUGCAAUGGAACUCUUGAAACUGUAUCAUCAAAGUGUUUCUAAUGGGACGGAAGAUGUUUCGCCGCAAAGCCAAGAAAGAGUGUAGGGAGAAGAGUGUAGUUAUACAGGAAUAUCUACAGUGAUCCAAUAACUUAAUCCUUGACUAUUUAUUUUUAGGGAUGGCACAUCUCAAAAGUUUACAAAACAUCUUGAGUUUAUAAAAUAGUUCAAAGAAAUGAAAGUGACAUAAUCCAAAUACAUUUUGAAAUAAUUUACUGCAAUAGAUUUCAAUUGAUUUCUAAUUAUAAGAUUAAACUUACAUUCAUAGAAAUAGUAUAUGAAUACACCAAUUGAAUGAGGCCUUUUUUAAGAAAAUUUUAGACUUAUUAAUUAUUUCAAUAAUUGUUCACUUCUCUAAUUCUGUAAAAUACAAAUUAAUUAUAUUUGGCUAGGUUUUUGAGUGUAUCUACAUCUACAUUAUCAUAAAGCUCUUUAAGCUAAGCAGAUACAUGUUGAAAGUAGUUAUUAGCCUACCUGUAAGGAUCUAAUCUUAUGAAUAUGAGCUGAAAUUGACUAAAUCAUACUAAUAUUCUAAAAUUUGUACUUAGAUUACCAUUAGAUAACUGCACAUGUAGUAGUUGGUAUAUAAAAGGUUUUUUUACUAAAAACUAAAUACAUAGUUUAAUAUAAAAAAUCAUUUUAGUUAAACAAUGACUUUGAAUGUUGUAAUUUGAAGCUUCCGCUAAUGAUAAUAUAUUAUUUUGUAGUGGUUGAAAAAAUUAUGUCAAAUAUUAUGUUAAAAAUAGUUUAUUGGUUUUAGUUUUAGUCAGAUUUAAUUUAUAGUAUGGCAAAGUAUCUUACAAAUAUAUGUAUAAUUCAUAAUUGUAAAAUUUGUAUGGGUAUACUAAGGAAUUUUAACAUGUAACCAUUUCAUAUAAGAAUUGAUAUAACUAGAAAUAUAAAUAAAGUAUGAGACAAUAGGUAUGCUAGAAACUAAGCAUUGCUAUUUAUUAGUAUAAUUUUUUAGUUCAUUUUACUCAUUUGUAAACUUUUGAGAGACAAAUUGCUACAAGGUUGAUAAUCAACAUCAAUUUAAAAGACUGAUAGUUGGUAAAUUUAUUUUUUUUAUAUAGUUUUACCCCUAGAAUAAGUAAUUAAUUUACUUAAUUCCAAAUUUGCUCAAACAAUUUACAAGUAUUAAAAUAAGUUUACCUAAUUUUAAUUCCACUGCCGUGAAAAACAUACUAAUCAGCCUCCCAAUGCUCAUGUAGUGCGGAAUAGGAAUUGCAAUUCAGUGAUGAUAUAAAUAAAAAAUUAUAUUUAUUUUUAUCAUGUUAUACAAAAUAUGAUAACAAAUUUUCUUUUGCUUCAUAAUUGUUUAUAUAAAUUCACCUUUAAAUAAAUAACUAGACAUUUGGUAAUUUCUAUUAUAUUCAAUGAAAAACAAUGCACUUUAAAUAAAUAUGGCACUUCAAAAAGAAUCUCUCAUGUGUCUUUAUUAAUUCUAUAAAUGUUUUUAUAUGUACAUUUUAAAGCACAGAAUUCUACUCAUUAAAUUAGAUGCUUAUUUUAAGAAGAAUGGAAAAUAAUGCUUAUGAUUUAAUGUAUGUGUAUAUUAUUUGUAGUAUUAAAUUUGUAAUUACUUUUAAAAAAAUAAUGAUUGUAAAUUUAUAAGAUUUUUCAAAGUUAUACUAAAGUUAAACACCAAAUAGUACUGUAAUAUUUCUCUAAAACGUAUAAAGUAAGUUAAGUGACAUUGAUAGCAUGUCCUAUUUAUUGUAUAUUGUCUGUAAUCACUUUUCUACAACAAAUUAUCAAGUAUAAUUUGGUGCAACUAGUUAUAGAUGAGAUGCAUAAAGGCUGUAAUAAAUGUAGAUCCAGGAAAUGACACAUCAGAACUCUGUAACCAAUUCCAAGCUUAAGCCUAAUCAUGGAAUUGAAGCUUUAUGUUGUUCCAUUAUGUCUUGUGUUGUUGUGCACAAAUAAAGCAUUUAGCUA